ACGCUUUUGUGUUGCGCCGUGACUGGAAGACAUUCCGACAGGAGAAUCGCACAGAGGGAAGGUCAGAAAAGUAUUGCGUCAUGAUACUGAGGGCGUCUUUGUACAUCAUUGCUGUAUCCAUGGUUACCAGAACCAAGGGAGCUAACCCUGUGGUCCAGACCACGCUAGGUCCGGUGACAGGACUCGAAACCUCUCUCUUGAAUAAAAGGUUGGACGUUUUCUAUGGCAUCCCGUAUGCGAAGCCUCCGAUCGGCAAUCUCCGCUUCAAGCGACCGGAAAGUCCCGAACCUUGGAAUGAAACGAGGGCGACACAGACGUUACCCAACUGCUGCCACCAAACAAUCGACAUCAGUUUCGACAGAUCGGUCGGCGUCGAGAUGUGGAACCCAAAUACACCGAUGAGCGAGGACUGUCUCUAUUUGAACGUGUGGCAACCGAAACCGGAUUCCUCCAGCGAAAAGCUAGCAGUCAUGGUUUGGAUCUACGGCGGGACGUAUUCUUUCGGAAGCAUCACGCUCGACGUGUACAACGGUAAAUACCUUGCGAUCAGGAACAACGUCGUCGUCGUGUCCAUGAACUACAGGAUCGGUGUGCUGGGAUUUCUGUAUCUCGGAAACGAACGUACGGCUCCUGGGAAUAUGGGAUUACUCGACCAAUCUCUAGCUAUGAAAUGGGUCUACGACAACAUAGAACAGUUCGGAGGGGAUAAAAACCGAAUCACCUUGUUCGGCGAAAGCGCUGGGGCCGCCAGCGUCCAUUUGCAUUUACUUUCCGAACAAUCACGUGACUACUUCAGUAACGCAAUAAUGCAGAGUUCUGACGCUCUGUGUUACUGGGCCGUACAGUCCAGAACGGUUUCUAUACAACGAGCGCGGCGAUUGGCUAAAUCCGUGAAGUGUCCGGCUUUGAAUGACGACGCGAUGUUUAAGUGCUUCCUACAAACGGACGCACGGACUCUUGUCACUAAGCAAUGGCAAAUCAUUGAGUAUUACUUCGACGUCCCAUUUGCCCCAGUGGUCGAUGGGUAUUUUCUCGCAGAAGAUCCUCAGACCUUGUUAAAGAAAGGACAGACGAAGAACUGCAGCGUGAUCCUAGGGUUAAACAAAGAUGAGGGCAGCUAUUUCCUGCUGUACGGUAUACCUAAAUACUUCAGUCCGUCCAACCCAAUCGCUCUUACUCGAGACCAGUUCCUGGAUGCGAUCAAGACGGUUAUCAGUCCCAUUGAUAAGGCAACAGUCAUAGCAGCCAUCACCCAGACCUACGAGAGAUCAUAUCUUGUGAAGGAUCUCCCGUCGUACAGAGAUAUUCUUGACGAUAUAUCGGGCGACAGAGCGUUCAAGUGCCCGAUUAUUGACCUGGCCCGAAUCCACAGCGGGUUGGGACACGAGGUGUACCUGUACUCGUACGAAUACCGCCCCAGCAAACUGCCGUGGCCGGAGUGGAUGGGGGUCAUACACGGAUCCGAACUGGAACUCGUGUUCGGGGUGGCGACGAACGGAUCGGACAGUUACAGCGCCAAAGAUAAUGAAACCAGUCUAACGAUGAUGGAGCUUUGGUCAGAAUUUGCCAAAAAUGGAAGCGGGCCGGCGGCAUGGCCAAAGUUCAGCGUUGAAAACCAGGACUACUUGGAGAUUGGCCAAGAUGGAAACCUGCAUCAGCGCCAAGGAUUACGUCACUCGCAGUGCACCCUCUGGCGUGAGCUUAUUCCAGUGCUAGACGAAUAUGAUUAUCCACCGACGACUGUUGACUCAUGCGUGAGUGGAAGCAGAAAGAGAACGCUAAAUACGCCAUGGUUUAUUUUCUCAUGCCUCGUGUCGUUCGCAUUCCAAAUUCAAUAUUUCUUGUGUAGGUAAACAACUUGAGGGUCCGUUCAGCCAACGCUAACGCUUGCUAAACUGGUUCAAAUAUUUCUUGUGUAGGUGAACAGUUUGGGAAUACGUUCAGCCAACGCUAACGCUUGCUACACUGGUUUAAAUAUUUCUUGUGUAGGUGAACUGUUUGGGAAUACGUUCAGCCAACGCUAACGCUUGCUACACUGGUUUAAAUAUUUUUGUGUAGGUGAACAAUUUGGGGGUAAGUUUAGCUAACCGUUUUUCGCUAACGCUUGUUACACUGGUUUUAAUAUUUUGCUUGUGUAGGUGAACAAUUUGGGGGGUACGUUCAGCAACUGCUAACGCUUGCUACACUGGUUUAUAUAUUAGGAUGGGUGAACAAUCUGGGUACGCAGUCAUUUAUAUGCUUUAAUAUAAGGCGCCGUUUCAAAAUAUUUAGGAAGGUACAGUGUGUGUGUGUGUGUGUGUGUGUGUGCGUGCGCGCGCGCGCGCGUGUGUACAUGUGUGUAUGUGUGAGUAUGUGUGUGUGUCACUGUGAGUGUGUGCGUUUGUUUGUGUGUAUCUGUGUGUGCGCACCAGCCUCGGUGGCGAACACUUUACCACUGGGCUACGUCCCGUCCCUAUUGUCCAUUAGGUCAUCACUCUCGGGUUAAUGUUCUACAAAGCUUGCCGUGAAAUAGAAAAUCAGUCAGCUUUCAAUAAUGUAGACAAACGAGUAUUUUAGUUCAACGAAAAUCAAUAAAAGCAAUCUUUAAUUGCAUCACGAAAAACCUAAGGAAAGUUGUCCGUAACGUAGAAAAUAUUUAUACAGCGUAUUUGAAUUUUGGGGCUGUUGUUUUGUUUGUUUGUUGUUGUUUUUUUUUGGGGGGGUUGUUGUUGUGUUUUUUUUUUUUUUU